AUGUCUCUUUCUCGAUCUCGUCCGGCCACUAGCGCAGCAGUUCCUGCGCCCGACCACCCACCCGACGAGGUUCCGAACGUUGCUGCUGCCUUCGACCAGUCCGCCACGAGGUGCGUUCCUUCGCCACCCUCGGCCGACGGUCCAGCAGGCAUGCCCGCCAUCCGCCCGUCUGCUCCAACCUCGACGGCUCACGACACCUCGGAGCCAUCCGACUCCACGACCGCUACCUUGCAGCACGCCCUGAAGUCGGACACGGACAUGGCACCGUCCGCUAUUCGCUCCUCAACUGUGGAGGAUUCGCCAUCCUCGUCCAUCGAUCAUCACGUUUCAACAACCUCGACACUAUGUGCCUCUUGCCAGCAGCGACCAGCAUUGACCUCGCAGUCCACCGCAGCUGAAGUUCGAGCACCGAACCAACACCUACCGAACUUGCGAGACGCUGCUACAAUGACGGAAGCGUCUGAGGGCGAAUUGCGUGGUUCGCCGAUGGCAGAGCAGCCCGCACAUGCCGCGCCUGUCGCAAAGGCAGGCAUCCUACACGCCGACCUACGCAGCAGCCCUCGUGUGCCGCCAAACCCAGGUGCUUCAACGGGCACAGGCGCACUGUCGGACCCGCCGACAGAGCCCACGCCUGCGGUUUUCCACGACAUCCCUCUUCCAGAGUUCUUAACGGGGGACGCGAACCAGCAGCGGUGCACCUUGAAUGCAGGCAUGCUCUUCGACACGGCGCAUCUGAAAAACGUUGCUCUGCUGGGAAAGGCCGUCUACAGGGACCUGCCCAUCUCAAGUCAACGAAUGAAGAGCGCUCCGCUCGCCAGAGACGUGUGCGCACGCCUGACGCGCGUGCAAAUCACGAAAAGGCUGACAAGGUGGCGGCUCUUCUACGCCGUCAUGCGAACCGUUUGGGACGACCUCUUCUGGACUAUGUUGACCACGCUCACCUACUACGCCAACGUGCUGGGAAAGGUGCCGCUUCUCGAAACGCUGGUCGGAGACCAAUAUCCAAACUACUUCUGUGCUAUAAAUCAGCGCAUUGGUACCUACGUCAUAGAGCAGAUGGUGCGGCUGUCGCCCCGCGCCCUUUCUCGCAACUCUUCGGGCUACGUGCUCGCCCUGCUGGGAGGAGACUGCCUGCAGAUCUGCAUCGCCUGCACCCAGUUCCCGCUUCCGAUGACCGGCGCCUUCCUCCUGCCCAUCAUCAUCUACCUCAUCGGCCUGCGAGUGGGAGCAGCGGCGGCACUCUUCACGGCUCUGUGGCCCGCUGUGGCCCUUAUGCUCAUCUGGCCGUCCACUGUGCUGCAGGACCAACUGUGGUUUGAAAUGCCGCAAGGAGGCAGUGGGAGGAGGACCUUCUCGUCAGCCAUCAGCCGAUUACGAGCCAAGGAAGAAGCGGCCAGCCACAAGGUCAACGUGCUAGACGGACUCAUCGACUCCAUCUACACUUCUUCGGCCUCACUGAUGACGAUCCUGUUGUUCGCUUCCGUCGCUUUCCUGGGAGACGCGUCCGUCCUUACUCCAGCGGUGUCCUUCUGCUGCCUCUACCUGAUCUCGGCAACCGACCUCGUCACCAGUUCAACUGCGCAGCUCCUUCGAAGCCGGAGCGUUGUAGGCUUGGCGAUGCUCAGGUACUGCGCAUUCUUUAGUGAAGAGGAACACCAGGACAGGCCUCCGUGCUUCCUCGAGACCAAAGCCUCCAAAGGAGAGGUGUUCAUCGAGAAGUGCGACUUCAGCUGGGACCCGGACAAGCAGGGCUUCAGCCUCCGCGGCGUCUCGGUGGAGAUCGAGCCGGGCUCUCUCGUGGGCGUGGUUGGAUUCGUGGGCUCCGGCAAGUCCUCGCUGCUGGCCGCCAUCUUGGGAGACAUGAUGCGCACCCGGGGUUGGCUCGACGUCGGCGGAAAGGUGGCUUACGCCUCUCAGACGCCGAGCAUCUACAACAUGAGCGUGCGGGACAACAUCCUGUUCGGCAACAAGCUGGAGCCGCUGCGCUACCUGACCGUCCUCAAGGCGUGCGAGCUGCAGACGGACCUCUCCUCUUUCCCGGCGGGUGACCUCACCGAAGUGGGAGAGAAGGGUACAACUUUAAGUGGAGGCCAGCGGCAGCGUGUGGCUCUCGCCAGGGCUGUGUACAGCGACUCCGACGUGUACCUGUUCGACGACCCUCUGAGCGGCCUCGACGCUCAGGUGGCAUCCAGGGUGUUCAGGCAGGUCAUGGGAGCGCAGGGACUACUCCGCAGGAAGACUCGCAUCCUUGUCAGCAGUCAAGGGAAUUUGCUGAAGCACGUGGAGCGUAUCCUGCUGGUGCACGACAGGCGGAUCUUCAGCUUUUCCAACCUAAGCGCGCUGCUGUUGGACCCCAAUGCACCGCGGACGCUGCGAACCAGUCAGAUUCAGCAGGCGCCGCCUACGCAGACGGCAAGAAGCACCCGAAAGAACCUUACCGAUUCCAGUCAAGAAAUACACCGAGGAAAGAUCACCAUCGAUGAACGCUCGCAACCGCAAAAGAGCUCGUUGGAGGUGCUGCACCGCCUGCUGGCCUUCUCGGGAGUUUGGAGCUGGGUGUCUAUACUGCUAUUCGUGGCCUGUGCCGCCGCAGUCGCCGGCCAGCAGUUCCUCAUCAGGGGAUGGACCGACGCCAUAGGGCGGAGGGUUGCCAACGAGGACAGAAGACGCUCCGACGCCGCCUGGGUGGCCGGUCUCGUCCUCGUCUCCCUGUGCGACGUGAUGUUUCGCUGCCUGGGCGUCGUGGCGAUGGCGUGGGGCAACCAGCGGCUCUCGCACCGGCUACACGCGAACAUGCUGAGCCGGCUGCUGUCCAGCCCUACGUCCUUCUUCGACGCCACCCCUCGGGGCCGCAUCGUGACCCGCUUCUCGCUCGAUCUCUACGCCGUCGACCUGAGGCUCUUCCUUAGCGGCAAGCAGUGCGUACAGAACGUGCUCGUGGCCAUGGGCAAGCUCUGCGUGGUCGCCAGCCAGGCCUCGGUCGUCGUGCUCGUCGGCGCAGUCGGCGCGCUCGCAACGCUCGUGGCCCUGGUGUACAGCGUCCGCGCAGCGUCUCUGGUGCUGUACACGGAGGCGGCGCUUGUGGCCCGAGCCAUGCAGCACGUGGUCGAGACCCGGGACACGCUGACCACGGUGCGCAGCUUCGGCGCCGUGGGCCGCUUCUGCCGACUCUACAGCCGCCUGCUGGACGCCGAGGCCCGGGCGUUCGGCGCGUACCUCGCCUCGUACCGGGUCACCCGCUGUCUGGCCGCGUUGGCGGGACUCGGCGUGGUGCUGGCCACCCUGGGAUUCACGCUCGCCGCCAGCGACGGCUCCGGCAGCUCCGACGUCGGACUGGCCCUCAGCUCGGCGCUGUCGAUACCGAUCCUGAUGAUGUCCAUCACGCUGUCAUUGUUCGCCGUCCUGCAGCUGCUGGUGCAAUUCCAGAGGACUCUGGAGUACACGGAACUGCCGCAAGAGGAGAACGACCCAGAGCCGAGAAAGAGGCCCUCGCUUCAAUUUCGGCGCCGCUGCAGCAACACGAUUCUCCUCGACGAAGUGUGGCCAACCAGAGGCAGGAUCGAGUUUCAGCGCUACACUGCGUCUUACCGACCGGGCGUGCUGCCCAAUGUCCUCAUCAGGGUCAACUUCGUCAUCGAAGGCAGUGAAAAGGUGGGCGUGGUUGGUCGCACGGGAGCCGGGAAGUCUUCGCUGGUGCAGGCGCUGCUUCGGGUGCUGGUGCCCACCGAAGGUCGCAUCCUCAUCGACGGCGUCGACAUCUCGUCGCUGACGCUCAAGAAACUGCGUUCCGCCAUCACCGUCAUACCGCAAGACCCAACUCUUGUCACGGGAAGCCUGAGGGACAAUCUGGACCCCACGCGUAGCCACACUGAUGCCGAGAUCUGGGACGCGCUCAAGAAGUCUCACCUGAGCGAGUUCGUGUCCAGGAACCCGCACGGCCUGGACCUGGCCGCUGGAGAGGGCGGGCGGUCCCUUAAAUGGCAACGGUGUUCUCUUCGCAGUGUCGGCCAGCGGCAGCUGGUGUGCCUCGCACGUGCCCUCCUGCGGCGUCCCAAGAUGCUGGUGCUGGACGAGGCCACAUCGCAGAUGGACGGCGACACGGACCGGCUCAUACAGAGCACGCUGCGCCAGUGCUUCGCCGGAUGCACGCUGCUCGCCAUCGCGCACCGAGUGCACACCGUGCUCGACUACGACAAAAUCCUGGUGAUGGCGGCAGGCGAGGUAGCCGAGUUCGGUUCCACCAGGCAUCUGCUGGAGGAUCCGGGUUCGCUCUUCCACGAGAUCGCCAGGGACGCUGGUGCCAUACCUCCGAACGGGGUCAACACUCCCGUCGCAGAGCCAGCCGCUUCGGUCCCACGACCGCGUACCAGCUUCGUCGCGGCUCGCAUCUUGAACAGUGUUCCUCAGGCGGUGCCCAUGCAGUACGGCCAGCAGGACGCGUACGGCCAGCAGCCCCCGUACGCGCAGGGUUUCUACUCGCCCGGGGGCACCUACGCGGCGCCGCCAGCUGCGGGGCAGUACGUGGACCCGUCGUACGCGGCGUCUCCGGCCGCCAUGUACGGACCGCAGCCGUACGCCACCGAUGCGUACGGCCAACCGAUAGUGCCCACUCCCUCCAACCCCGCCAUGACACCCAUGUACGAUCCGGGAUACGCCAACUACAUGUACGGGAUGCCGUCGCCACGAACCCCCAGACGGUACAUAAUCACAGUUCCGGCAAGACGCAAGGCCUCGUUCAGCACAGACAACCUCCUCACCAUACUCAUUGUGUGCGGUACGCUGUUCCUCGUGUUGAUCGCCAUGCUGAUCAUCGUCACGGCCGUCGUACCCAGGCGUGAGUGCAACGCCGCAGGCGUUACCCUCCUCCGCACCGCAACUUUUGCCUAUUGUACCCACGUGCAGGUGCAGCUCACGCUUAUCUUCACCUGA